GCAAACACAUGUCCAAGUUGGUCCCGCGGAAGCGCGUUUACUCUUAGAAUUGUAAUUGAGGUCCCAGCUUGAUCCUACAUUAUAAGGUCUCUGACGGCUCGCACAUAUUGAUCUGCAAAUCAAGCAAUUAUAUGUUUGCACUGUACUGCUGCAGUGGACAUGAACAUGGAACCAAGUUUGAUUUCGAGACGAAGAAAUUGGAGCGAAGUGGUAGCUUCGAUCUUUGUUAUUAUUACUGUUCUUGAGUUCUUCCCCCAAAUUGACGCAGUUUGUUCUCCAUCGUGCGGCAAAAUCACCAACAUAUCGUAUCCUUUUCGUCUUAAAGGUGACCCCAAACAUUGCGGCGACAAGAAUUUUGAGUUACAGUGUAUCUCCGGCAACGGCAGAGACGAUGUCCUCGGGUUACGCAUUCUCUCCGGCGAAUUCUACGUGCUGUCGAUCAACUACACAGUCUCCAGCAUCCGACUGGUUGAUCCAAACUUCUAUGAUGAUCAUCGCUCCAACAAUUGCUCCUCCCUCCCUCGCUACUUCCUUUACGGCGGGAAUUUCAGUGGAUCCGACUUCAGUCUCCGUCUCCGAGAUUUUAAUUAUGAAGUAAUGUAUAUGAAGUGUGACAGAGCAUUGAGGGACAAUCCUUAUUAUGUCGACACCGAUCCGUGCUUCUUGGGUUCGCAUAUUUACGCAGUUCCGGGAAACAUAUCGUUGGCGGACUUGAAGAUCGGCUGCCACGUCAUCGCCGUUACGCCGUCGUCGAUUCCUGAUGAUGAGUUCCUUAAGUUGCGAUACGUUGACAUCCACCGGAACUUGCAGGUCUUUGGAUUUGAGAUAAGCUGGGAUUCGGUUAUUAAUAGGUGUCCCCAUACUCCAUUGAACGCCGACCAAUGCGAAAUGGCGAUAUAUUGUCUCGGACAAGCACUAGCGACUUUGUGUAGCAUAUUGAACGGAAUCUAUUUUGUAAUAACACUUCGUUCCCCAGCAAUAUUUCGUUCAAGAACAUCGCGUCUCAAUCCUCCAUUAAAGGACGCACCAGAAUACUACAUAGAUGAGACAAUGUUAUAUACAUGGUAUGUGGUAGUAUUCUUGCUGGCAGUUAGAGCUCUCUUUGGAGUAACACUUUUAACUGCGCUGUUAAUUUUCAAGAGGAGAAAGAGACACUUAUCGAUGUAUGAAGAUGUUGAACAUUUUCUGCAACAUAGUGAUCUCAUGCCCAUCAGAUACUCUUACAAGGAAAUUAAGAAUAUGACCAAAGGCUUUAAAGACAAGUUGGGAGAAGGAGGUUUCGGUACUGUAUACAAAGGCAAGCUGCGUAGUGGUCCUCUUGUAGCUGUUAAGUUGUUGGGUAAAUUCAAAGCCAAUGGCCAAGAAUUUAUUAGCGAAGUAGCUACCAUCGGGAGGAUACAUCAUGUUAAUGUUGUUCGUCUUAUUGGAUUUUGUGUAGAGGGUUCAAAACGUGCUCUUGUCUAUGAGUUUAUGGUUAAUGGUUCUCUUGAUAAGCUUAUUUUCCCUAAAGAAGGAAGUGCUUUUCUAAGUUAUGAAAAAAUACAUCAGAUAUCUCUUGAAGUGGCUCGUGGGAUUUCCUAUCUUCAUCAUGGUUGUGAUAUGCAAAUCUUACAUUUUGAUAUUAAGCCACAUAACAUUCUCCUUGAUGACAACUACAUCCCAAAGGUUUCAGAUUUCGGACUUGCAAAACUAUAUCCUAGAGAUGAUAGCAGUGUUGCUUUGACCGCUGUUAAAGGAACGUUAGGAUAUAUGGCUCCUGAAUUGUUUUACAAAAAUAUUGGAGGAGUGUCCUACAAAGCUGAUGUUUAUAGCUUUGGAAUGCUUUUGAUGGAAAUGGCAAGUAGAAGAAGGAACACAAAAUCACGUACUACCAAGCAUUCAAGUGAAAAUUACUUUCCAUUAUGGCUAUAUGAUCAUUUUACUCAAGAGAAAGACAUAGGAAUAAUGGAAGACUUGACAAGAGAAGAUAAGGACAUAAUAACAAAGAUGUUCAUUGUUGCAUGGUGGUGUAUUCAAUUUAAACCAGUUGAUCGUCCUUCAAUGACCAAAGUUGUGGAGAUGCUAGAAGCAAAUGUUGAAAGCCUUGAAAUACCUCCGAAACCAGUGUGGUAUGCUCAGGAAAAUAUUGUAGCCAGCCAUGGAUCUAAUUCUGAUCAAGCAUCAUGUAGUGAUUGCAUAAGUUCUAGUUAUGCAAGCGAUGAUUUUUAGAAAAAUAAUGAUAGUAAUAGUGGGAAAUAAUACAGAAACUGAUGGAAGGGGCACAAAACUUUUAUUUGCUUUAAUAAUUGUGGGUUGUAUAUCCUUUGUCUAUUUUAUAGCACUGCUUGAUAUGUUGUUACCUUGCUUUGUAUUUUGCUUCACUAGUUUUAUGGUAUGAAUAUAUGACUUUUUACUUUCA